CUCUGCUCGCUUCGAGUCCGCUGAGGUGCUGUACAGAGCAACAGCCCGCAUGGAGUGUGGCCAAACACCGCGGGGAACAAAACCCACUCCCAGGCGGAUACACGCAUGUUGGGACGGGACAUUCCUCACGUACAGAGCAAACAGGUUUUGGGCUGCAGAUUGGUUGGCAAGCGGAGUAGCUCAGUGGCUGUUCAUCCUCACUGACGUCAUGAAAGUACACGAGGAGCGCCAUCUAGUGUGUGAGAAACCCGGAAGUCAUUACAGAGUGGUACCAGAGAACUUGUAGAGACAAACCAGAUAAUGUGCAGUGAGACUUGGAACUUCAUAAUGAACUGAUGUGAGCUUAUAGAUGCCGCCCUCUUGUGACACAGUUAUGGCACUAAUGAGUCCUGUCUCUCAUCUGAUUUACUGCAAAGAUCAAUACAUCGACAGAGUUAUGCCGAACAAGUUAAGUAAAGAGCACUUUCACACACAGAACAUAUGUGAUGCAGAAACAUUUCGGAUGUCUGAAGUACAUGAACCCUAAGACAUGAUUCAAAUGAACACAUAAAGGUAUGUAAAGAUCAAGGGACUACGACUAAAUCGCGCAGUUCGAAAAAACGAGAUAAAACAAGAAUCUCUCCGUCGAAUCGUCUAUCGAUUAUUACUGCCUGUGAGGAAGUACAGGGGUCAGAGUUAACUCGCAACUCGAGGACCACGUGUGUGAUGUGACUCCACAAAGUGCUUUUGGACAUGGCUGCCAUAUACACUGGUAUUCAUCAAAAGCUGAAAAGCUCUCAAACUCCGUGGUCAGAUAAGCUGAAGCUUGCUCAGUUUGCAUGGGCAUCCAGUCAGUGCAUUCUCCCAAAUAAGGAGCAGGUUUUGCUUGACUGGACCGUGCAUGCUCUUUCUUGUUACUACAGUAAGAAAGUAAAGGUGCCGCUUGAAGUCGUGGAACGAUUAUGGACCUACUUGGAUGAUGUUCUUAACAGCAAGAAGCUUAGUAAUGUCCUGAGCCAGGGAAAGAAUAUUACCCUGAAUCCAGCAGUUUCUCAGAUAAUCAAUGAAAGGAUCCUAGAAGGCACCACAGGGAUGCUGUCCAUUAGCCUGUCCACUGUUUUAAGCUGCUGCCAUGGGAUUUUGACCUCUCCUGUCCUCUCUGUGAGCUACACUGCCAGAUAUGAUCUGCUCGUGGACCUGCUAGUGAGGAUCUGUGGUUUGGCCUGCUUCCAGCUUAGCCAACAUGAAUCAUCGGGGCCUCUUAGACUUAAGGUGUUUGAAGUUCUGUUUCUUGUUCUCAGUACCUACCUGACUGUACAAAAACAGCAGGGCAACACCAACAGGGUUUUUACCCAGGUCACUGAACACCUUUUACAACCACUUUGUCUGCUGAGACACUUGUUGACCACAAGGGCAUGGGCUGAGGAAGAUGACUUGAGUAUCCGGCAGCAUCUGAACAAAGACAUUCGGUGUAAAGUGGACCUGAUUCUUCAGUCAGCUCUUUUUUUCCAUGAUCGCCUACCAUACUACAAAGAAGAAGUUCUGCCAUCAGAACGAGGAUCAGGUCCUAAAAAGGGAUCUGCAAGCAAUACAUACGUCUGCCCUGUUGCAACAAUUCUGUCGAAACUUGUCCAUGGACAUGGAGAUGACAAAGAAGCUUUGUUUUAUGCUGUCAGGUGCAAUUCUCUCCAAUUACUCUUUAAAUUUGCUUUAGAUUCAUUUUGCAAGGAAGAAGAGAACAAGCUACUUUGCUUUCACAUAAUGACAAAGUUUGUUACUACCCUAGAUUUUACAGAGGAUCUGAGCAUCAAGGAAACAUUUAAUACAGAAAACUGGAGCCUUGUUUUGCUUUCGCUAGAGAACAUUUUGAACUCCUGCUUGGCGGGAGAUAUCUAUAAUGUAGCUGCAGACAGAAUACAUCACAAAGAGGUACAGUUACGUUACUAUAGGAAAGUGGCACGGCUUUUGUUUAAUAAUGCACAGACAGACGUACCAGCCUGGUACCGCUGCCUGAAAACCCUGCUUGCAUUGAACCACCAAAUCCUGGAGCCUGAUCUUGAUGAGCUUAUCUCAUCGGCUUGGGUGGAUGCAGACAACUUUGAGUUACGGGUGAAAAAAGCCCGUGAAACACUCAUGUGUGCGGUCAUUCAGACUUAUGCUAAACUACGACAGCUGCCGAGACUCUUUGAGGAACUGCUAGUCGUAAUCUGUCGACCAGCUGCUGAUGAACUGAGGCAAGAGCUAUUGCCUGAGGCUGUGCAGAAGAGUUUGAGUCAAUGUCUUUUGGACAAUCCUCCCAGCCAGAAUCUUGAAAUCUGCAGACUUAUUCUGAAGAAUAUGCCAAAUGUUAGGGAAAUGAGAAACGAGUCUGCACUGAAGUUGUUCUUUCUGAGCAUUCUCCUUCAUGCAGUUAUUUUUAAUCUGAAGACCCUAGAUGACAGCACCCCAGUCCCUACUGUCAGGCAAACUCAGAGUUUAAUGGAGGAGAUGUUCAAGUUUGUUAGGUCCCUAUUACAGUACCUUGAGGGGGUUUUAAUUGCAGACAUUCCCUGGGGAGAGAAAAUUCAAGAGACUGCUCUUCUUCUUACUCACACUUGGCAUGAGGCUGAUGCCCUCUUUCAAAUUCACUGCAGUAAAUACCAAUCCCCAGCAGGUGCAAACCAUGAGAUGAGCCCUGUUUGUGAUACAAUAGAGAAAGUUUUGGCACAAACAGGUUCAGCAGGCGAGGUCAGUAGUGCUCUAAGUAGACUUCUGCAGAAGCUUCUAGCUCUCCAAAGGAUGAAGAAACACUUGCUUGUUUCACCCAGUGCAGAAACAAAAAACAUUCUUUGUGAAAUUGCUCAGUAUGUUGUAAAUAGACAAGAACCUUUAAUACAUAUGAGCAGUGACCAAACCUGGGAUCUUCAGCUUUGCAGUGUGAAUAGUGACACCUAUUCUGUGGCCUACUGGUUUGUUGUAACCACCAAUCUGCCUUUAAUUGCCCCGUACCUCUCACAGGAAGAUGCAUCUUAUAUAGCAGACACAAUGUUGAACUCCCUACUUCAGAGUGACUUCAGAAGCAGUUUGGAGAAGAUGGAUCAGUCAAUCUUCCUGAUUUCAAAACAGCUACUUGAGAGUAUGGUUCUUUGUGAAUUACCACAGUUACAUUCAGCCGUGGUGACCUCUAUAACAAAGAGGAUUUUUGAGGUGCUCUGUGCUUCUGAUGUACCCUCAUUUUUAAAAUCUUCAGCAGAAUUUGGUGUUGAAUCCGUAGACAAGGAGGAGCAUAUGGCUGAUUUCUCACCUUCUUUGAGGAGACUGAAAUCUAUAGCCCGAGAAGUCAUGAACUGUGUUGAAACUGGUGUUUCCAUACUUGUAUCUGAAGCACAAGUAAGUCAUCUUCUGAAGUUAGUCAAGAUCACAAGUGUCCUGAAUCCACAUGCAAUGUCUCCUGAAGAUUACCUAGAGCUUUUUCUGUGUUCAUUCUUGAUGAACAUUUGUGUUCAGCGUGAUGGAAAUGAAGCACUGUCAGUACCCAUCAGCCUCUCAGAAGAGCUCUUCAAACUCAUGGCAUUGCUGCUGAUGAGGCAGAACUCUUAUAUAGUCCUCAAGGUUGUACAUGGUAGUACACUGUUAGAGGCAGCCAUGACCUCUGUUUCCUCAUGUUUUAGUAAGGGCCUUUCAUUUAGUGUGGACAACCCGGCCUGGUUUCCUUUUCUUCAGUCAGUCCAAGGCUUCAUCCAGUGCCUAAUCCAGCUCAUAAUCAUCAAAAAGAAUAGUACACGAAUUAAUCUUGAAAAGUUUGCAAAUUUCAUGAUUGAGAGAGUUCCUCUAGAUGGCACGUCUUCUGGUGAUUCUGGAGAAUACGAAGAGGCUCUGUAUGUGCAACUUCAUCUAGCAACAAUGAGCACACUUUGUAAAGAAUUGAUACCAAUCCUUGGAAAGACUAAGCAGCUGGAUCAGACUGUCAUUCCUUUGCUGGAGAAAAUUGUCUCCAUAAUGGGGCCUGCCAUCCAGGCUGUGUUGACUGGAAAGGCAGGCAGCAUGCUCAGGCAGUCAUUCUUUGUCGAUGUGGUAACGGUGAUGAUUAAGAGUGAACUAGCAAAGGCUUCUCAUCAGACUGAACACAUUGUUGAAGGGAAUGGAAAAGACAAAAUCUCCCACAUUGGAUUUUACAAGAGCUUUGGCCAGCAGAUCCUGAGGGAAUUAUGCCCAGCAGCUCGACCCAUGGAUUUUCUUAAUUCAUCCAUCCAUUAUCUUUCAGCAUUUUAUUUGGCUGCAGAGGCAAAUAAGGAGUUGGAUCUUAAAGAUCUCCGUUUUACGAUUCUGCAGCAUGUCCAUACAUUGUUAUCAGGUGCGUGGAUGUCUGUAUCAGAAGUGAAGGAACUUGAGGCACCAGUUAAGGACAUGCUUGCUCAGCUGAUGGGCAGCUGUUCUAAAGAGCAGUUCCAUUUGCUGUUUCUUUUGCUUCGGGAUGGACUUGGUGCUUCAAAGGUUGGAGGAGGCUGCCAUACAGAAGUCCUUGCCAGUCUGACUCUAAUAAAGCUGCUGGCCUGCUGUUCAUUGCCAGACACCUGCUCAAAGGCAUUCUGGCUUACAGUUCCACAAAUCUUAUCUUCUCUUGUUUUUGUAAUUAGAGAGUCUAGUGAAGUGGCUUCCCUCACCAGUGCCCUGACUGUGCCAGCAGUAGAAACCCUGACCACACUGCUUCGACAGGGGGAGUCUUGGCUCUCUAACCCACAUCAUGUUAUCAUUGGACUGGGAGCUCUCCAUUUUGUUCCUCUGGACAGCCACUCCAUGGAUGACUACUAUUCUGCCUUCCUGGCCAUCCAUGAAGCUCUGUUUGCCAUCAUCCUGUGCUACCCUAAGGUAAUGCUGAAGGCUGCUCCAACCUUCCUGAACUGUUUUUAUCGUCUAGUGACCUCAAUCAUGCAUGAGGGCAGGCAAAAGGGCGAGAAGGAGAGAGAGAAAGAUUUUGGGACACUUCUGAAGUGUGCCAUGCUAGUGGAGAGAAUGUACACCCACAUUGGCAACACAGCUGAUGGAUUCACAGUCUUGUCAUCUUUCAUUGUGGCUCAGUAUGUCAGCGAACUUCAGCGGGUGACGCUCCAGCCAGAAAUCAAGGCGCACCUGACAGAAGGCAUCUACCAUAUCCUGGACAGCUGUGCCGAACAACAUAUAAAGUUCUUGAACAGAACACUGCAAAUGGGUGUUAAGGAGGUAUUCCGGGAGCUGUACAAAAACUAUGUACACUACCACAAAUCUCAAAGGCAAGGGGAAGAGAAGUAUACUGCCUGAGAGUUCCCUGCUUACUGUUCUGCAAAAAAUAAAAAGACCAAACAGAUUUUUGUAAUAAGUAUCUUUUAUAUGUUUGUCAUGACUGAACAUAUCAUCAUAUUUUAAGUUGGAGCAUUGUAGAAUUGUUUAAGGAGUGUUUGCCAUAGAGAGGAGAUUUCAGUAGUUUUUCAGUAAAGUUAUAUAUGACGGUAACAACCGAGGUGGCAGAAAUAAAAGAACUCCAGGCACAAACUUAAAGGACGUUUUGCCUAAAAUAAGUGCUGUGGUUCCUUGAAUUUAAAUAACGUGAAUAAAGUGCAUUAAAUCAUUUAGUGGCAGCAAAUUUAUGUGGUUAUGUUUGAGUACAUUUUUGUACAUUAAUGAACAGUUACUGUUUAUUUGCUUAAUUUAAAAUAUAAAAAAAACUACAUAAAAUAUGGCCCAUACAAAGGUUUUUGUGCAUUUUAUAUGUACUUUGAACCAAUAUAAACUCACAAAAAUAAAUGAGUUGUACACCCAAAUUUGCAGAACAAUUCCCUAUUUAAGUGUAAUCUCUGUAGAUUAUUUUUUCUUAUAAUUUUGCAGAUGUCUGUAUACUUGUUUUAUUUCUAACUAAACAACUGAACCUCAA